ACACCAUCCACUUAGAUAUACACAACCAACCCCCACCCUAAACACACCCUCAUCUACCUCAUCUGAUAAGACAAAAAGGAUACAGAAAUGUACAUCAUUCAACCACUCCUCACCUUCCUCCUCCUAACCCUAACAACCUCCACCCCAAUCCCAGCCCAUCUCACACGCGACGCAACAGCCGUAGUAAACGACCUCAGCAAAAUAACCACCGACCUAUCCACCCUCACACAAAGCAUAGUAGCCUACAACGGUGGAAUCCCCGCAGCGCUAGAUAUCCAGGUGAAAGAAACGGCCGUAGAAAGGGACCUCGAGCAAGCGACGAGGGACACUACCGCCGCUACGCCGUUCACAGUAGAUGAGAGUGCUACUACGACUAAAGCUUUGUUAGGGUUGGAGCCGGAUAUUCGGACUGCACUUGUGACCUUGAAACCGCUCGUCGAUGAAGUGAGGAUAGGUGCCAUUGUGAGAAUGAAUCUGGUUAACCUCAGGGCCAAGACUGGUACUCUUUCCACGGCAUUGCAGAAUAAGGCGACCGCUGUGGAUAAGGAUACACUUGCUACUAAGACGACAGAGUUGAAUGCCGGGUUUGAUACUGCCAUCCAGGCUUAUUCUUAG